CUAUUUGUAUUGUCCAAAUUGCGGUUACUGAUCUUUUAUAAUGAACAUUGUCUGUGUCACGUGACUCGUAUUUGUAUAUAAAUGUUAAAUACCGUAUUUUAUCAAUUAUAGUUCUGCACCAUUUUAAGUGUUUUUUUAAUUCAACCUCGUCUGUCAGUCUGAAUGGCAUCCUCAGUGAUGGACGGAGUGGGCCGAGCCGUGGUCGGAGUCUGGCGGGCGCACACGUCCCUGGACGAGUCCGACGGCGCGGAGAGUUCUCCCGAGGCACCCGACCGCUUCCGCAAACUCCGAUCCUCGUCCUCUCUUAAUUCCCUGCGCAUGUCCCUGCGGAAGCGUCUCCCGCUGCGCACCGUCCAGGCCGGGUCUCUUCCGGAGACCGACGUCGAGCCUGCGAAGGAGCAACCGAAGGCCGGCGCGGUCCGGAAGCUCGGCCGCGGUGCUCGGAACUCCAUCACCGGAGUGUAUCAGAGGUUGCAGAGGACCAGAGAGUUCUCCCGUGAGGAGUGUCUGGUGGCUACCCCGGGUCGCAUCUGCGAAGAGGAAGAGAACGCGUCGUCGCCCGUCCGGACCCCGAGGCGCACCCCCAGGUCGGCGACAACACCCGCCCGCACCCCGGGCUCCAGAGGCAGGAGGACUCCUGACGCUGGCGUGCGCGGGGUUAAGCACGGAGCAGGCAGGAGGCAGUUGGUUCGGAUGGCGGCGCUGCGUAGCCCCUUUGCGUCCCCCAACACGCAGAACCAGAGACUGAAGUUCGACGGAGACCUAGAGUCGGUGUCGAGCGGACUCCGCAGGCUGAAGCAUCUCUCCCGGGCCUUCGAUGAGCUCAUCGGGCGGGACGACAACACCAAAACACAGCAGAAGUGCGGCGGUGUGGUGAUGAGGAAGUUGGACCCGUGCGGGAAACUCAGCUGCUCCAAUCUGAGCCGCCGAGCCUCCCGACUCUCCCAACGCCUCGGCGGGUGGGCCGACGUGACCGUGAGCGCCGUACGCAAGUGAGCCCGACUCUGCGUGUUAGUGUGGAACAACCUUUUGUAGCCAACGUUCUUAUUUAGCCAAAUGAAGAUCUUGCCUUGUUUAGAUGUAAAACAAAAAACUGGGACCUUGUUACAUGGCAGCAGCUUUUUUUUUUGUCUGUAUGUUUUAGCAGAGUUAUUGUGGUUUACUCUCCUCAGUGUAGCCGGCAAAAGGUCUACAUGUUUAGUGAUUGUCCUCGCUACUACGACCAAAUGUACUCGGCAACAUUUCUCUACACCAGGGGGUGUCCAAACUACGGCCCGUGAGACCUUAGGAGUCCAGUAAGGAAUUUUACCCACAGGGAGGUUGCAUUUAUUAUCUUUGUCUGACAAUUUUGAUGAUAAUAUGUAGCCUUUUAGUGGACAAUGUAAAUAAUUCAGGUUAAUGACCUUGAAUUAUGCGCUGAAUGGAAGAAUGCACAUCAUUUACUUGUAUGCCCCAAUGCAAACAACCUUCCCUAGUCAUGGCGCAACAAACAAAUAUCCGACUAUUAUAAAAUGUCAACGCACACAACCUGCUCACUGAACUUUGUGGAUAUUAUAGAUAAAACAUCCUUGCACCAUAAAUAAAAAAAUCUAAUUUACACCGAUUCAAAUCAAUUACAAAGCAUGUUGGGAAAAAUACAAAACACUACACACACUUUUCAGUGUUUGGUGCAUUUUCGUUGCUUGGCAUUUAGUUCUUGUCUUGUCGUCACGGAAGUAAACAAGGUAGAAGUCGAACUUUCACAUACCAUUAAUACUCUAUGAUAUUAUUUAUAUAUCCAUUAUAUUAAUAUAAUAUGUACACACAUGUUUGUGUAUUUAUAUAUAUAUAUAUAUAUAUAUAUAUAUAU